AUGGUGUCUUCGAAGGGACUGUGGAAAGAGAGGCCUUCAGCCCACACCUCUGAAUGCUUUUCCACCACAGCAUGCCCUGUGGCCUUUAUCCUGCUGGUGUGGAACAGUCAGACCCCUGCAGGGCUGCAGAGCCUCUGUACUGGGCGGCAUCCCAGCCUGAGUGCCAGAGCUCAGAGGGCAGGCCCCCGAGCAAGCAGAGAGGAGGGCACCUUUUGGACAGAACGUGUGGGACAAGAGCGAUGGCUCAUCCGUUCAGGUUCCUCACAAAAUGAGAGUCAGGAAGAUCAGGGCACCGGCCUGAUUUCCCAGGCAGGGCUGAAAGCAGACAACCGGAGGAAGAGCAGCCCCUGGGCCAAUGAGGUAGAAGACAGAAGACCACAGUGUACUCCUGCCCUCAACCUCACCCCCUCCCACCCACAUCCUCCACACUCCCUGACCACCUUCCUCAGAAGUGUAAUAGGAAUCCAGGUUCCCCCUGGCCUGGUUGCUGCAGUAGGCACAGUAGCCUGAUGGAGCCUGAGGCAGGUGUGGGAAGAUGUGGAUUGUCUAACUGGAG